AUGGGCCACGCAGAAGGUGCCGAGUUGGUCACGGGUUGGUCGCUCGCUCAGGUCUCAGUGGUGGAAGUGACGAGAAGAAGUGGCUGGAAUCGUGGGAAGGGACCCGAGGCGAUCCUGGCGAGUGGCGUUCUUGCUGCGGAGCAAGCUGUUGCUCACUUUGUGCUGGCUCGCCUGACCGCCCAUCAAAAUCCACGAGAACUGUACAAAAAACUGCUGGCCCAGUUCCUGUUGCACCUUGUGGAGAAGCAAGUGUACCUCCUAUCUCCCGAGACAGCAUCACCGCAGCGCCUUCGCGUUGCCGUUGAGAUGUUGCGCAAGACGACGAGCAAAGUGGGGAAACUGCACCGAGAUUUCGCGUUGCCUUCGAUUCCCAAGACCUCUUUGACCCUGCGGUGCAUCAAAGUCCGGCAAACCUUGGACGCGCUUUUGCGUGCGCGUGGGGAACAAAAGGCCUCGCAGUACAAGUUCAGCAGCUCAGAUCAGGUGUUUGCGAGAGAUGUUCUCUUCAGAGUCGCCGUGAACCAGAACGUGUCCGAUCUGUUGAUGCCAGCUGGCAACACCAAAGCUCGUGCUAUCAAGAACCUGGAAGGCUUUCAGCUGUUCGGAGACCAAAGCCCGUGCUUUGAGAGCGCUUUGCAGUGGUUGCACCACCUGGACUGGCAGAAGGAUACAAUGAAGAUGCAAAUUGGAAUGGUUUUGGUCGAGAAGAUCUUCUUGCAGUAUGCCCAGCAACUGGAAGAAGACUGGUCAGAACACGACCUUUCCUGGAUGGAAGAAUUGAUCGACGUGUACUGCCUCAUUAGCGAUCACUUCCGGAGUUCUGCACUGUGGAAAGUGGAGCUGCGCAGUAAAGAAGUCUUGGUGGCAGCAGAGCUGGAGCACCCAUUGGUUCAAGCCUACGGCCCGGCUCUUCGGCCGGAGCAUCUGCGCCGCUUGCUGCUGUCGAAGGCCGAAGAGAUCGAUGCCUUGAAAGCGGUGGAUCGAUUCUUGAAGAGUCGUUGGAUCCAUGGCGAAUCUGGGCUCUUCAACUUGUCAGAUCAGGAAGCAACAUUUCAAUUCGCUGCCGAGUUUGGAGCUCAAAGUCCAUAUCUCCAGGACGUCCUUGCUAUGGAGCGAAAUGCUGAGGAAAUCAGGAUGACCAAACAUUGGAACCAGGUGCAGAAGCAGCAAACGGAAGCGCAGGUUUUGAGGAUAGAAAUUGCCGACCUCCAGCGAGAAUUGGACUGCAAGCUGCCUGUAUUGAACAAGGUAUGUGAUUUGGAGGGGCAGAAGCAGUCGGCCCUGAACGAAGUUCAAAGUAUUCAGAGGGAGAUUCACCAGUUGUCGGACUUAAUCAGCUCCGGUUGGGACCUCUUCCACACAACAGACCGCACAGAGCGCAGACAGGCCCUCCAAACGCGGCAGGCACGAUUGAAUCAGGAGGUCUCCAGAUAUGACGCCCGCCUCACAGCGUUGCCGAGCCGGCAGACCUUGGAACGAGAGAUAGCAACCCUUCUGAACCAGUUGGCCAAGGCGAAAGCGGAGCUAAAGAGCGCAGAGACACCACCACCAGCAGUGAUCCAGUCUCUUCCGGAAGAUGCCGAUUUGGCCAACAGUGCGUUGUUUUUCCUCUACAAGCCCGACUUGUUGAGGUUGCUGUCACACAUGACGAUGAAAGCUCAACAAAUCCUCUUACCUUGGCCAUGGUGUUGCGACCAGAGGUGGGAUGUGAGAAAGUCGAUCGAAGUACGAGAUUUCAGAACCCGCUGGGCUGACCAUUUCAACAUGCAGAAGGAAUACUACAACCCGCCUGACAAACCCCGCACCAUCGAUGCCUUGGUCAACUUGCUCAGCCGUGGAGAGGCUCCAAGCUCCCGUAGCCAAGAUGUGGCAGGGCAUCAUAUCGACAGCUUGGCAAAUCCCAGGGAUGGGGUCUGGUGGCCGGACAAGCUGCACCGUGAGUUUGCUUGCAAAUCCAAUGGCCGGUUGAUCGACCGUGGCGGCUUCUUCAAUCCCUUCCAGAAUUUGCCGGACGCGAUCCUGACGGAUCACUGGACAGAGUGGAUGCCACAGGACGCCGUGGAUUUGCAAUGGACCAUGAAGCUUGGGGAUGAGAUCGCCAGCACGCGUGGCAAUCAAGGAAUUGCCACACAAUGCAAGAAACCCAAGUGGUCGAGGAAACAUGAAUACUUGGCCUUGUGUGGUUUGAGAGCAUUCCCACACCAGCAGCUUCGCAAGCUUCUGAUCGCGCUGCAAGAGUCCUCACUGCCUUUGACGCACACGCCUGUACACCAUCUUCUACGACAGCUGCUCCACCAUGUUGGUCCGACUGAUCCUGACAGUGAGUUGCACUGGAAGCGUGACAUUCCAGGUUUGAUGAAUGACUUCAAGGAGGCCCUGUUGGCAUUGGUAGACGAGUUUUCGGCCAAACCACGUGCUCACCAAGCCAUGCCGGCUUUGGCGGAUCUCUUGAACUAUUUCAUCCAAUGGGCGCCAUGUGAUCCUUUAGCGUCUAUCUCUCUAGUUGCUGGGUGUGGCCAAUUAUCUGAGACAGCCCUGCGGUGGGCAAAGGAUGCAUUGUCUCAAAUGCAAGGCCUUGCAACGGAUCAUCAGGAUGCCUUGAUUGCCAAGGUGAAGCUCUUUGGUCUUUACGCCGCCCUUUGCACUCCAGCAUCGACUCUGAUGAUGGAAGACGGACAGCGAUUGGUGGAGGGUCUGGUCUAUGCUCACAACAGCUCUCCAUUCAGGGUGCAGCAGACAGCGAAAGAAAAGGAGACGCUUGAAGGCUUACGUCGGAGGGCUGAUGCCGUCGCGGUACAGAAGCUUGAAGAAGUCAUCGAGUUUGCCAGAAGUUCAAAUCAUUUCAUCACGGCAGGUGUUUCAGCAGCUCUGGAACACGUGCCAGAAGACCUGCAAUGGCAGCAAGUUGAUGCAACGCCAUGUUUUCAGGCGCAAUGCCAUUCAGGUCGCUUGUACAGCAUCAACUUGCUGAAAGGUAUUGUGCUCCUGGAUGGUUAUCCACCACGGCGCAUCCCUUCGACUAUUCUUCAGCACAGCCUCUUCCAACGUUGCUUCGGAGACGCUGUCUUUGAGGUCAGCAUGGACAGAUUUGGAACUUUCAAGACAUCAAGGCCAGUGGAUGGAUGCUUCUAUGAGUUCCAAGAGCUGUCAGAUGGCCAGUUGCGCAUCGCAGAGUUGAAGGAUGGUCGUUCACUUCAGCUGGUGCCCUCUGAACACCUGGGCGAGCAGUUUCCAAAGCGUUUGGUGGAGCUACACAGCCAUUGGAGGGACGAAGAUUCCGGUGCGGUUGUGUUUCGCCCAAUCUACUUCCGGGAGAGAUCGGCGUAUUUCCUUUAUGUGCCUCACCAAGAUGGCACCUGCGGUGUGUGCCGCCAAAUUCCCGAGCACUUGAGAACAAGAGCUCUUGAAGAUUUGCUGAGCCAUGAAGACGUUGUCCACCAGCUUGUCUGUGCAGAAGCCGGAGUGAUCGAUAUCCUGCACAAAUUCGAAGACCAAGCCUUCAUCCAUCGAUACGUCAAUUGCGCGUUUGACCGGGGUGACAGUCAUGAGGAGAUUGAACAUUUGGAGCUUCCCCGUGUCAAUAUGGCCUUCACUCGGCAGUGUGGCCAUUGGAUGUCCCGCGACUAUCGUGGCUACUGCUUGGCCGACCAACAGAAGAUGAGCGACACAUUGAUUGACUUUGAUUCUUACUUGGUCUUGAAGCGGGUGGAUCCAAAUGAUCUUUCCAUUCCGGAAGUGAAGAUUAUCGUGAAAAACAGCAAUGUGCGGGAGUCAGUGCCUUUGUCACUUGUGAGUGACUCUCAUAGUGGCACUGAACAAGUCACUGUUUGCUUUGAUGUGCACGAGAGAUUCAAGCAUCUUGUGGCAGAGACUGUGCAGUCUCGGCUUCUAUUGGCCAGUCUCUAUGCAGGGACAGAUAGUGGAUUGCCUGACCCACGCUUGGGAGUCACGGGCAUGGAGGCUGCUGUGGAUUUGGUGAGACAGUCGUGGGUCAAUCGGCCCUUGUCGAAGCUGGAAAUGCAACGAUUGGCUGGAAUCCUUCAAUUUUCGUCCCGUGCUCCACUGGCUUUGGAUCUUCUUUGUCGGGAACUGCUUCGUUCAUCUUGCCAGCUCGCAGCUCUACAUGGUUUGCGGGCAGAGUAUCCGAAGGAGGCGAGGCAUGAGAACCAAAUCUUGGUGACUGCUGCAUAUUUCAAGGAAGCUCGCAGCACUGGGUGCUGCUUCCAGGAGCGCAAUUUCCGCCAGACAUUGACCGCUGAAGAGGAGCGCCGUUGCUUUGGCCAGGUCAGAGGAGGUGGAAGAGCAGUAAUGCGCAGCAAGCACACAGUGGAGGUUGAAGAGCCUCCAGUAUUGUCAUCUUACGUCGAUGACGCUGAGAAGGAAUUGCAGAAUUAUGUGGAAAAGUUGCCGCCGAAAGAACCGCCGUUGUUUCCAUUGACAGGCAACUUUUCAUCCCCAAUUGGCAAAGAGAUGAUGGAGGAACUGCGUGGUUCCUGGCGAGCCCAUCACCAAACAGAAGACUUCGAGGUCACAGAGGAGGGACGCCAGGUGGAAGUGUGGGAAGCAAAGUUGGAGGAGGCAAGAGCUUGUCGUCAGCAGAUGUACGACUAUCUUGCUGAUGCCUUGCAACUCUUUCCUGUGGACGAAGGGGCUUAUGAGUCCAAUAUCUUUCACGGGCGUAUGGCAUCAAAUAUGGCGCCAAAGGUAACACAACGAGAUUUCUUGAAAGCAGCUCUUCAGCCAGAGAUCCUUCGAAGUUUCAACCCCUUUUUGUCGCGUAAUGCAGUGCAGACGCUCCACAAAGGCGUGCUGGUCUUGUUGCAACUUUACGUGCUGGAGGACAAAUUCAAGAGACUUUUGGUCCAUGCAAAGGGACAGGUCUAUCCCUUGCUGUUGCAAGAGCUGCUUGUGUUCCGAUGCUGGCGAGUAGAGGAGCACCCAGAGUGGUUGGUCUUCGAGGUGGAGGAAGGAUUGCAGAUUCGUCCGGUGCAGUAUGAAGUUGCAAGGAAACUCAUCAAAGACCCUGGUUGUGUGGUCCAGCUCAACAUGGGCGAAGGCAAAACCCGCGUGAUUCUGCCUAUGCUCAUAUUGCACUGGGCUGGAAAGGGAGACCAGAGAUUGUUGAGGAUCACUGCAUUGACCUCCUUAAUCAAUGAGCUUUUCGAUUUUCUGCACAGGCAUUUGUGUGCUUCGGUGCUGCAGCGGAAAGUCUUCUUGCUUCCAUUUCACCGUGACGUGCUACUCACCGUGGAAGAUGUGAAGGUGAUGAUUUCCUCGAUGAAAUUCUGUAGCCGCAGUGGAGGUGUCUUGCUGGUAGCUCCAGAGCACCGUUUGUCUCUGCAACUGAAAUGGCAUGAGCUGCGCUUGCAAGGGGAGGACACUCUAUGUGACUUGCUCAAUCAGUUCCUUGCUUUGCCCUCACGUGAUUGUUUGGAUGAAAGCGACGAAGUGCUCCGCCACAAGUACCAAUUGAUCUACGCCGUGGGCAGCCCCAUUCCACUCCCUGAAGGCCCUGACAGAUGGAAUGCGGCAACGGCGCUGCUCCGAGUUUUGCACAAAUCCAACAGGCUGAGGAACCUCUUAUCCGCAACAUCCGUGACCGGAAACGGUGACUGUGAAGCUUUCAAGAGUCUUCGGCUGGUUCCGGGUGCAGAAUUGAAUGCAGUCAUGCCACGAGUACGGGUCGCCAUCCUUGAGGAUUUGAUGGAAGAUCCCCCAUAUGACUUCGCGUGGUUGAAAAACUUCCAGGGCGACAGCUCUGUUAUCAGAUUUUUGACAUCUCCUGAAGAAGAUGACAAAACUCUGCCAGAGGGCAUUCCUCAGGAUCGUAUCUUGGCGAUGCUGGCCUUUCGAGGGCUCAUUGCGUGCUCUGUGUUGGAGCAUUGCUUGACAAAGAGACAUUCUGUGGAGUAUGGCAUCAGGAGAAGCCAUGGGAAGCGUUUGGCAGUGCCUUAUCGAGCGAGCAACACACCAUCAGAGCGGUCUGAGUUUGGGCACCCAGAUUGCGCUAUUCUUUUGACUCUCCUCUCAUACUUUUCGGAUGGCCUCAGCCAGUCGGAGCUCCGACAAGCCUUUGAGACCCUGCUGGCUUGUGAUGAGUCCAUCCAAGAAAGCCACUAUGAUGUUUGGUUCAGGUUGAGUUGUGAACGCAUGCCGGAAGAAGAUAGGGCGUGUGUGGAACGAGUUUCUAUGGUAGACCUCUCCAACGAGAAUCAGCUCGACGUGCUGUAUGAGUAUUUCCACAUGAACUUCGAGACAAUUGCAUUUUGGGUUUGCCAUUGUUUGUUUCCAUGUGAGACCUCUCAAUAUCCUCAGAAACUGUUGGCAAAUGCUUGGCACUUGGCCCAAAAUCCAGAUGGUCUCGUUGGCGGCUUCUCUGGCACGGACGACAAUCAUCGCGCAUUACCUUUGCAAGUGACGCAGCAGAACCUUGCAACACUUUCGGGUACCAAUGGCAAGAUGGUGAAGAUCAUUCUGGACAACCCAGAGUUUCAAAAUUUGGAAGUGGGGGACGAUGGCAACCUGCACUGGAAACAAGUGCUACAGACGGCUGCUUCACGAGGCGUGGCUGCUUUGAUUGAUUGUGGGGCUCUGACUGCCGGAGCCAGCAACUCUGAGAUUGCCCGUGAGCUACUUGAGUUUCUGGCAGAAGGAAGAAUGUUCAGUGGCGUGACCUACUUUGACACAUCCAAGAAAGAUUGGAUGAUUUUGGACUAUCAUGGGCGUUGCUUGCCAAAAAAGUCUUCGCCUGCCCGAGAGUCAGAGUGUUUUGCCUUCUUCGACGAAGCAAGAUCACGUGGGGCAGACUUGAAGCUAGCCAUGACAGCGAGAGCCAUGGUGACCGUGGGGCCCAAGUGCAGCAAGGACAAGUUGAUGCAAGCCGUGGGGCGAAUGCGACAACUCGGCAAAGGCCAAAGCCUGGAAUUCAUCAGCUCCCCAGAGGUCACCAAGAAGAUUCGAGAUUUGACAAUGCGUGACCUGGGCCAGGUGAGCGGAAGAUGGGCCAGGCCCGUUCUUGGUCCUUCAGAGAUCACUUCAAAGCACCUUCUUGAAUGGGUGAUGGCCAAUACUGUUCAAGCCGCAGAAGAGGCAUUGACCGAGUGGGCCAAGCAGGGAUUGCUCUUCACCACCACUCAUGCACACCCGGAACUUGCAGUGUUAGAUGAAACCGUUGAGCUCAGCUUCUUCUACGGAAAAGCUUUGGUGUCUCGAGAGGUUCCAGAGGUGAUUGGGCAAGAGAUGAAACUGUAUGCAGAGAGGGCAGGUCUGGGAGGGCCCGACGACUCGGACGGAGCGCUUCUCAACGAGAUCAUGCGUCGUUCAGAGAGCUAUGGAGCCGGAGUUCGUGUGACUGCCAACGUGCUCGACGAAGAGUAUGAGCGUGAGCUCGAAGUGGAAAAGGAGGUCGAGAAGGAAGUCGAGAAGCAGUUGCCCAGUGUGCAGCCAAACCACGAGGAAGAUUGGAACACGGCACAAUUGCCGAUUUCAAGGAGCAUCAGGGACUUGGGCAUCGAAGUCGUCACUUUGCUGACAAUCUUUGGCUCGACGGUCUCAUUGAAAGGAAUCAAAGCUUGGCCGAACACAGCCAUCUUUGCAACGAAGAACUUCCAUCAGACAAUCCUGAUGCACAAAAAGCGACUCAAUUUGGACGACUAUUUGCGACCUGUCGACGCACUCGUUGUUUUCCCAGCGUCGGGAGAGGUUUUGCUCCUUUCCGAAAGGGAGGCCGAUUCGGCUCUGGAGGCAUUUUGGAACAGAUCAAAUUCUUCCGAGAGUUUCUUCUCAAAGUGGUGGAAAGCCAAGUCCUACAAUACCCAGAAUUUCUUCAUCAAUUGGGCGUUGUGGCGGAACGGCUUCUUGUCGAAGCUUCCAGGCCUGCUUCCUACGGAUGCUGUAUCAGGUCUUCCGGAUCUUCUUCAGGACGCGUCCAGAUUGGUGUCCAUCCAGGUGUUUAUGGGCGACACGCGGUUCAAAGAAGAGGCUCAGAAGAAGGAGCUCCAAGAUCUUGUGACCUUUGUCGAUCGAUCAUGUGGAGAUGCGAGGGCCAUCAAAGAGCUUGUGAGUGUGAGGGGAAUGAUGCAUCGCUUUGAAAGAAGUGACCUUGCAUGGAUCCUCAACUCCCGGUAG